AUGCGACGGACUGUAGCCCGGUUUGACUUUAGGCGCUCCGCUGUAGCUUUCUCCAUACCCAAUGUGACCAGACCGCCUCCAGAGCAAGCAGACUAUACCAGCUCACUCAAGCCGCAAGCAUCGAACCAAACCAGACACCAAGCUCCACAAGUACCGGUGGCAGCAAUCAAUGAUCUGCUCCGUGAUCAUCGUGGAUACACUCGUCCUGGAGUUGUGGGGGUAAAAUUGCAACAGCAACAGCAAUCUCAGAAGCAGCAGCUUGGCGGUCCUAUUGGACAAACAUUUCCCAGCUCACCGCCAUUAACCUCGACACAAUAUGAUUCAAGCUGCGAGUCGAAUGGAGCAACGCCAGACAAUCCCGAGCGAGAACUCUACGGCGACCUCUUUCCGAAUAUUCCCGCAUGGACGCCGCAAGACAGCACUCUCUUGACGUCUCAAGCUCCGUCAAUAGAUGAGAUCUUGGCAGGCCUGCCAAGCAAAGAGCAGAGCGAAGUACUAAUAUGGUCAUAUAUGGGUGGCUAUCAUGCCAAGAGAUCGCUCUUCCAUGGUCCGACAUUUCUAGUCCAAGUGAGGAAAUUUCAGCGCUGGCUCGACACCCGAGAUCCGAACUAUGCACUCAGCGUGCACUUCUUCUCCCUUCUGACCGCCGUACUUUUCGCCGGUUCUGUCGUCUGUCCGAGAUACCGUCUCCAGACAGUAUUCGGAAAUUCCUUGUCAGCUUUCAUCAUAGUGGAUUCUACAUGGCUGCGAGAAGAGCAGCCUCUCACUUGCUGCUCGUUCAUUGGUGUGGCGACACGUGUAGCCCAAAUGCUAGAUGUACACAUCAGACGGCAAAUCUGGUGGUCGAUAGUGUCGAUCGAUGCUCAAGUCGCUUUCGCCUCUGGACUUCCUCCGAUCAUUGACUGCAGAUUGUACAACGUGCUGCCAGUGAGCGAGCUGAGCGCAGCUGCUAUUCGAGACGACUUUGAGACACAUGGCAAUGCCAACAAGUCCAUUCUCGGAAUCUUUAUUGGAGGUCGCUUUGCCUUUUAUAAGAAGGGCAACGAGAUUCUUCACUUACUACACAGCAGCCUACUGGCCGAAGUCGAUCUGGAUCGCAUACUGGAGAUUACGAGAGCUGUCAAAGCGGAUAUGGAUUCAAGGAAAGAGCAAAUCAUAUCUAUUGAGAAGAUGACGACUCAGCCUGAAGCUUCCGAUGGCACUGAUAUCGAUGCUAUACGGCAUACAGAAUCCAAUGCGGCUCUUGCACAGUUCGCAAAGAUGCUCUUUGCUCUGUGGGCAGCAAAGCCGUAUUCAGUAAUGUAUGGACCUAUGAGGAGACAUGGUUUGCUGGCUGCUUUGCGAAAGAAGGAACCAAACGUGAUUGUCUUCUGUCGCGAAUACGUUCAUCGAUUCCUGAGACUGGCAGAAAGACGAGAUUUCCAGCCAUGGCAUUGGUGCUGGCCAGGUCAACACCAGCCAUUGCACAGCAUCAUGGCUUUAAUUUCAGAUCUAGAAGAUCACCCCCACGAUUCUGAAGCAGCAGAGACACGAAAACUAGUCGACUUGGCCAUCUACAAAUGCAUUGGAUCUGACGACUGCGGCAUCGUCUCACAUGAGGAUGGCAACCCGGACCCUCGACCUCUGCAAGCUGGAGGCACGCAAGCGUGGCGAUUUCUCCGGCGAGCCCGUGACAGGGCCUGGGAGAUGGCCGGACUAGAUCCUUCGAUCCUUACGUGCCCCGUUUCGGUCCACGAUAUCGUGCUAAAAGGCGUUUCCGACGAGGAUAGAGAUGCUAAGGACCAGCCUGACGAUACUUGGCAAGACUAUGCUUACGGGCCGAUUCCUCAAACUUAUGCCGACUGGUCUUAUCUGGGUCAAGCUACAGACCCCAAUUUUGGGUUCAUUAAUGAUAUGAACAUGCAGUUCCAAGGUGGCGUGGGAGGCCGAAUAUGUGCCGAAAGAUGGGGGGUUCCCGAUCCUGGGUUCGAUAAUGGCGUGUCUGUGUUCCAGAACGCUCGCAUAGGCGCUUAUCCAACAUGGACACGACCAACCGAAAACUUGAGCGACAUGUAUGCCAUGGUCACUACAAGACAGCUACCGAAGAUUCAUCGGCCUACCUAG